UCUUACUUUUCCAACUGUUUACAACAAUAACUUGUAACUCGCGUAGUGCACGGGACAGCUUAAACGACGCCGCGCUGAUCAACGACUCCUUACGUAAACGACGACGGUGUCAGACAAACGGUGCCGGUUGGUGGUGCCGCCACGCUAUUACGCUAAUCGUAUCCAUCACCCUCAUCAAAACCCCUCCUUUCUCUUAAUUUAGAAACCCUAAUUCAGAAGAAAAAAGUCACCUUCUCCAGAAUUUGCGCGGAAGGGUGGAGUAUAUUCAUGAAGUCCUGUUUAAACAUGACCUAAAUUUGCCUGUAGCCUCUGCAAGGUUACCAAUGGUGGUUGGCGGAAGGCAGAAAUUCUGCCAUAUAAACAUGCCAUUGUGGCCUAUGGCACUGUUAUAGCAUUAUGCUGGCGCACUAUAAUGGUUAUUUAAUAACAUUGGGCCAAUGCUGUAUGUUCAAAUCAAGGGUAAUGGCAUCUUCUUCAGACUCAUGGAUGAAGGAAUAUAAUGAAGCUGUGAAACUUGCUGAUGAUAUCACUGGCAUGAUUUCUGAACGUAGUUCAUUCCCUGCAUCUGGACCAGAAACCCAGCGACAUGCAUCUGCUAUAAGAAGGAAGAUCACGAUAUUGGGGACCAGACUUGAUAGCUUGCAAUCUCUUUUGUCAAAGGUCCCUGCAAAAACUGAGAAGGAGAUGAAUCGUCGCAAGGACAUGCUUUUGAAUUUGAGGACAAAAGUUAACCAAAUGGCUUCAACAUUGAACAUGUCAAACUUUGCAAAUAGGGAUAGUUUGUUUGGGCCAGAAAUAAAAUCAGAUGCAAUGAGCAGAACUGUUGGCCUGGACAACAGUGGACUAGUUGGUCUUCAACGGCAAAUUAUGAAAGAGCAAGACGAUGGCCUUGAGAAAUUGGAGGAGACUGUAAUCAGUACUAAACAUAUUGCGUUGGCUGUGAAUGAAGAGCUGAAUCUACAUACCAGACUCAUUGAUGACUUGGACCAACAUGUAGAUGUUACAGAUUCUCGGCUGAGGAGAGUGCAGAAGAACUUGGCAGUGUUAAACAAACGCACCAAGGGUGGUUGCUCCUGCUUGUGCAUGCUUUUAUCAGUCAUUGGUAUAGUGGGUUUGGUUGUUGUCAUAUGGCUGCUGGUCAAAUAUUUGUAAAGAUAAAAAUACCCAAACUCGUGAAGUUUCUCUUUAUGUUUCUGAAUGUGUGCACUGAAACAUGAUUGAUUUUUCUUGGUGCUUUGGCAAUGACAUGGAAUUUAUCAAGGUAUUGAAAGGCUUUAUUAUGUAAUUGUCAGAUUUGAAAUGUUGAUACCCUUGAGUUCUCUUUGUAAAAAUCAGUAAAUUGAGGUGACUUCCAUUAAUGACUUGAGCUCUUGCACUCUGAGCGUUUGCGUGGGUGGGAAGGGAAAUAAUAUGUAUUGCAGAAGCUGCAAUUUCGUUUUC